UUCAAAUAAUAUUCGGUAUAUUAAUGGCGGCCGCGUGUGGUGAUCUUGUGCUGUUGUUUUGGUUGAUGGCGAUGAGCAUGUUGGGGAUGCUGAAUUCCGCAACGUCGUCGCGGCGCCCAUAUGACCGGGCGACUGAUCUGAGCCACCGGCAAGGCGUAAGGAGGCUGGGAGCCAGCGCCGACGUCAGCCCCUCCAUCGGUGGUCAUGACGAAGACGACGACGACAACGCCAUCGGCGCGUUCUUGGUGGACGUAGAGGUCGGCACUCCGGCGGUGCGCUUGCAAUGUCGUAUAGACACGGCCGCUGACUUGACGUUCAUUGCUCCGGACAGUUGGUCGAGAUACAAAAUAACCUCCGCCUCUAGUAGCUUUUCCAAGUACCCCUGCUGCCCGGCGGGGGUAUUUAAGGGUUUGGGGGAUCCGUGCGCCGCCGUCUCAACUAAUAAAAGUGCUCCAGGCGGCGGCUGCCAGGUAAGGCCUUUUGAUUACAAUCACAAAAGACUCGUGUACAAUACAUACAGUACUCUUGCCGGAGAGAGUUUUGCAUUUGGACAGAGUCGGUGGGCGGUCUCAAACCUACCGUUCCUUUUAGCCGACGACCACUUUGAUCAACCAGCUGAACGCGACGAUGGGUCCAUCUGUUGGGUCGGUCUCGGCCGUGGAAAUAUGUCGUUGAUUUCCCGCCUCAACCUCACCCAAUUCUCGUAUCUCUUCACCGGUCCUGGCCGCAAUCGUCUUAUUAGUCUGCCGCCACCAUUUUCGCGGCCUCCACCAGCAGAUGGAGUCACCGUUACAACCCCUCUAGUGAACAGUCCCUACUCGUCCAAUUUUUAUUAUAUUUCCCUAAAAGGGAUCUCCGUCGGGAAGACUCCGCUGGAUGUGGCGGAGGAGGUGUUCCAGCUGAAUAGCAACGGAAGCGGCGGGAUGAUUAUGAACUCCCGCGCCUCCUUCACAUACCUGCCGCUGACAGCCUUUGACGCGCUGUGUGAUGAGGUGGCCAAACAGCUGGACCUGACCGAUGGCUUGAAUAAGGAGAUGGAUGCCAGCGGCGGCCGUGUUCUCUGUCUACCCACGACGACGAUGUUCCCUAAUCUGAACCUGACGUUACAUUUAGAAGGCGACGACGCGAAUUUGAGGAUCCUUGCGAAGAAUUGGUUCUACCAGGACCGCGCACUCGGGCUCACGUGUUUGGCAAUACGCGUUUCUGAUGAUGGCCAAGAUCACCUCGAGGCUGGCAAACUGGGAAGCUUUCUACAGCAGGAUAUGUUGGUCACAUUUGAUCUGGCCAAGGAAGCUGUUUCCUUUCUUUCGAUAUGAUCGUUUAAAGUAUUUGUCUCAUGUUGGCUAUAAGACAAUAAUAAAAUACUCUGUUAUUCCUUGUUAUGCAGGAAGAUGGAACUCUGGUUCUAAACGGAUAGCCUAAUUAUAAUAAUCCUUCACCAAUCUAAUUAAUUACUCCGUAUUUAGGUAUCUUAUUAUAUAAUCUCUCUGUUUCUGUUGUGAACCCUUCAUUCCGUUGAUUAAUGAUUAGUGGAGUUACCUUAGCUUCUAGCUGUUCUUUAAUUGGAUUAUGGUGCACACAGCUGCCCUGCAUGAUUAGUUUUGAUAUUUUGUGUUGAAAAAUUACUUUUUAUGAAAAUGUGGAAUUUAGUUUGGAAUAACUAAAUAAGAAUUGUCUGAAGUUAUUUUAGGGACGGAUCAGAGGUAAGGUAAUAUUACAUUUUUCCUCACUUUUAUUUACUCCCUCCAUCCCUUAU